AAUUCAUUUUGUUGUCAAAAUUCUUCGGUUUACUAAAUUAAUCAAAAUUUUUGUCUAUGGCUUUGGAGGCAAUAUGCGGCGUUGAUAAACUGCCGUUUAUGCAACGCUUUGAUGCACUGCAAACUGCUUGCAACAUGCAGCAACUUGCUGCUGCCACCAGCAACUUUGUCAAUCCCUACGCACUGAUGGCGCCACCUUUUGAAAAUCCGGCGGUGAACUUGCCCAAGAUACUGCAGCACUGCAAGCUGCGCAUGGAGUUCGAUCAUGGCACCACCACACUGGGCUUCAAGUACCAGGGCGGCGUCAUUCUCUGCGCGGACUCACGCGCCACUUCGGGCCAGUACAUUGGCUCGCAGACGAUGCGCAAGAUUGUGGAGCUCAACGCUUAUAUGUUGGGCACUUUGGCGGGCGGCGCUGCCGACUGCGUCUACUGGGACCGCGUGCUGGCGCGCGAGUGUCGCCUGCAUGAGCUGCGCUACAGGCGGCGCAUGAGCGUGGACGCAGCUGCUCGCAUGAUGUGCAACAUUACGACGGAGUACAAGGGCAUGGGCCUGAGCAUGGGCAUGAUGCUGGCCGGCUGCGAUGCGGAGGGCAGCAAGCUCAUCUAUGUCGACUCGGAGGGCAUGCGCUCGCAUGGCAGCGUCUUCUCGGUGGGCAGUGGCUCGCCCUAUGCGCUGGGCGUGCUGGACACGGGCUACCGCUGGAAUCUGACAGACGAGGCGGCCUAUGACUUGGCCAGACGCGCCAUUUAUCAUGCCACCAGCAAGGACGCCUACUCGGGCGGCAUGGUGCGGCUCUAUCAUAUCACAGACAAGGGCUGGCGUAACAUUUCCAACACCGACUGCCACGACCUGCACGAUCAGUUCUGCGGCAUGCAGCCGCCGCCGCCCAUUGGGCCGGGCUUUGAGCCACCCGGCACCAGCAGCAAAGCGCAGGCGUGGAAUGAGCUAAAGCUUCGCAAGCAUGAGGUGCAGGCGCAGAUGGAAGCGGUGACCACAGAGAAGGCAAACAAGCAUCCUUAAAUUCAAUUUGCGUUUAUUAGUCUGAGCUAUAAUCAAAUGAAAUUAUAAUUUCUAAAGUCAAACCAUCAAUUUUGAUUAUAUAAAUUCA